GAUAUCUCAAUCCCUUCAAUGAUUCACACGGCUUCUUCGGUCCUGAUUGGUGCCCUAUUUCUGGGCAAGUGUUGGGGAGAGAAGUUGAUCCGAAUGGGUAUAUCUCCGCAGAAAGUGUCCGGCGCGGCGAAUUCGGCUCAUCUGUUGACCAAUUUGAAGAUCGAUGGUGAAGAUGUGACCGCCCUUGUUGACACCGGGAGUCCAAUCACGUACUUUGUAUGGCGACACUGGUACGAGAGCACCGCUCCAGGUGGCUGCGAGAAAAUCAUCUACAAGUGCUACGAGUGUAAUCCAGCGCCAUGUCGCGAGGGUCCGAAGAAGCAGUUCGAAUUCUUCGACGGCACGCGUGUGACUCUCUUCCCGCACUCUGGGAAAGUCAAUUUUGGCUCUUCCACCGCAAAUGGUAUCGGCUUCGGUUUGCUUGAUGGAACUAAUGGUAAAGCUUCAGCUGCCCUCGGUCUAGCGCCGCCCAGCACUACGGGACGUCCAUAUGUUCCGCUGAUCAAUCAGCUACUGGCUCAGCCGGAAAGGGAGAGGUUGAUCGAGAAGAGCAUCUUCUCAGUGUAUCUCAAUGCUGCGAUUCAUCCUAUCGGCGAGCUCAUCCUCGGUGGUGAAGACAAGACCAAGUACAGCGGCUCACUGGAAUAUAUGGAAAUUGUCAACAAAGAUGAUAAAACCGUCAGAAUGUCGGGUUUGGGCAUUGGCGACGUGCGCAAGCAUCGCAUCAAAGUAUCAGAGGAGGGUCACUUCGACACAGGCGCCAACCAUAUUGAAUUUCCCGAGAAGUUAAAACAGUCGAUCCUCAAACUACUGGCGUCUGCUGGCGAGAAGACAGUUACCAUCAAAGAGGAGUCUGGUUUUUAUGAAAUCUCCUGCGCGGAUGCGAAGUAUCUACCCUCGAUAACCUUUUUCGUCAAGGGGACAGGCCGCAUUCCUUCAGACGUGUCGAUUGAGAUACCAUCCAGUAGCUAUGUGAUCCCAGAAUCUAAGUCUAUCUGCCUCCUAGCCAUCACAUUCGAAGAUACGUGGAUAUUGGGGUUGCCAACGGUCAUUGGUCACUACUAUUUAUAUGAUUGGGGUAACUCUCGCAUCGGUGUGGCCAAAAGCAAUUCUUGAUAAUAUCUGUAGAGUAAAGGAUGGUCGAUUACAGCAGACUACACCAUGUUUGCCAGCUCCAUUGUUGGGCUUCUCCCUUUUCGUUGCGCAUGCGUGCUUGUGCACGCGUACUCAUGCUCAUCAGAUCGAUCUCGCUAUGGCCGAUGGCCCUUUUUUACGACGAUGCAAGUUCUAAGGAUGAGG